GAAUGUCGAACGUCUGACUGAAGGAGGAUUUGCUACCAUUUAUACAGCAAUUUGGAAAGAUGGACAUUAUAAAAAAUGGAAUUCCGAAAGACAAAUAUUGGAAAGAUCUGAAAGACAAAAGAUUGUUUUGAAACGAUUAAAUAACUCAAAUAAUGAUAUUGUACAUUGGUCUCAAGAAGUAAGUUAA